AUGGCCCAGAAUGAUGUCAAAGAGGCCUGGGCGAGGGCUCCCCGGUGGUCAAAAACCUGCCUAGGGGCCGCAGGGAGAGCCUCAGCCAGAGGCCCUGACACCAGGGCCGGGGUGCCGGAGGGGCCCCUCAAAGCCUGCCGGGCUCCGGAGGCUCCUCGUGGUGCCGGAGGCUGGGCGCUUGGCAGCAGUGCCCGCCCAGCCCGGCCCGGGGCCGCCGGCCUCCCAGGUGAGUCAGGUGGUCUCCAUCUUCUGGAUGAGCUUCACCUGCUGACCCCGCGGCCGUUCUGCAGGAGGCCCCGGAGAUGGGCGCCUGCGCGGUCGGAACCGGGCGCGCAGAUAAAGGGCCGGGUUCAGGGUCCGCUCCAGGUCCCUGGUGGUUUGCGUGGCGUCCAGGGCUUCCCCCCGCUCUUCUUGGGACGGCUUGUGCCUCUGCUCGUCCCGGAAGAGGCCGGCCGCCGCCGUGGCUCUGCCUGUUCAGGAGAGGCCUUCUGGCUUCACCUCCACCGGCUCUCGAGAAGCGGGCCGCGCUCCGGAGCCACCUCCUGGCGGCGGAAAGAGGAGCGGGAGAGAGGUAUAAUUACUGGAAAAGAGAAAUGUUUCUUCCUUAAUGUAUUUCUGCAACCAGAAGAAAGUGGUGUCCCACAAAUCUUUGGAACAUCUAAGAGAAUCACAAUCACAGGUUCACAAGCAUAUGUAAAAUAUUUCUGUCUGGACAUGAGCCAAGUGCAGAGCACCCUGCCUUGCAUUGCAAACAGUUCCAAAGAGCCUGGGGAAUCCAGAAACCCUGGCCACACGUUUAUGGGCCUGGCUUCUCCCAUCUUUGCACAGCUUCAUGAUUCUUUAAAGAAUGAACACUCCUUACUGACUUUUGGAUUCUGAACCAGGGACCUUCUCGGACUCCCUCCCAGAGGGACAGCUGACUUCUCUCCAAUCUAAGGAGAGUUGAGAGAUGUCAGGCCUUGAUCAAGCUGAUAGUCCCUUGAUAUCUCAACACCUCCCCCACCUCUGCUGUGACGGGUAAGAGCCGAGCUUGCCGGUACUGGUACAGUAUGAAGAGAGGAAGGAGUCUUUGUGACAGAGAAGGAAAGGGGGACAGGUGGUCAGAUGGAAUGAGAAGGCCCCCAGCCAGCUCUUUGAGAGAAGGUUGAAGGCCAGGUAGGCAAUGCCGGCACAACUUUAUGCCACCAUCUUGAUACAGAAGUCCCCUGUCCUCUGCUUUGAAGAGAGAGCCAGAGAGUGGAGCAAAUAUAAGCAGUACCUAUUGUUUUAAAAAAUUUUCCUCUUGAAGUGCUUUUGUUAAAAUGGUGUCCUUUAUUGGAAGAAGCAAUGUCAUUUCCCUCUAACCUCCUCUCAUUUGCUGUUUUGAAUUUGAAUUUUUGCUCUCAUUUUCAGUUUCGAGCAGCACUCUCUCGUGGCAAUUCUGAAUCUUAUGCUGACAGUGUGCUCAGUGUGCUGCUAGGCAUCUCAUGUCGAGUCAGAAAGUUAAGGAUGGGAUCCUCUUAAUUAAGAGGACUAAUUACUUAAUUAUUGUUAGUCCUGUCUUCCCCAGUCCACUGAGCCAGGGACCAUUUCCCAUUUUCCCCCUUGCCUCAGUUGCCCACACAGCACCUUGCACAGAAGGCAGGUCAACAAAUAGGGAAUAAACGCUCUUUGCUAGCCACUGUCCUUACAGGUGGUCUUUUUUUUUUUCUUUUUCCCCUUCCCUAGAGGUUUAUCCCAGAUUGUUCUCUAUCUCUGGAGCUGCUGUGUCCCUCGAUGACUCUGCUGGAAACUGACUCCUUUAAAAUCUGCCUCUUUCUCCAGGGGGUGGUGGGGAAGAAGAGGAGGUGAAGAGACAGAGGGAAAAAUGUACAAAGAAAACAGGAAGAUGUGCAUUCCUUCAUACACAAGUCUCUCCUUAAUAUCAGUCUAAGCUAGUUGUCUUUAAAAAAAAAAAAUCAUCCCUGCUUAUAACCAUUCAUGAGCCACUGCCAUAAUCUAUGGCGUAACUAGGGCACUGAUAAGGUUUGAGGAACAAGACUGAAAACCAUCUCGACAGAAAGUCAACUGCAUCAUUUUUAAGUGGGCACAGCCCCCAGCAUCUGCAGAUAUUUAACAAUUAAUAGUGGGCUGAUGAAGCGCCUCACCGCUCUGCCCGAAUAUGACCUGGAUGCUUAUAAGCAGAGAUGGAAACCUUUCGGGGGACUUAUAAAUUCUGGUCUUUGACCUACAGGUCUGUAAUGUAUCAGCCAAACUUUUACAUGGUGAUGCAUUUGUUUGUAUAAUACAGAGUGAGGUCAGGUGGGACCAUCCCUUCCAGCUACUUAAAAUGUCAAAGGCCAAAUUCUGCGCUAUGAUGAGCAGUUAUCAGAACUCCUGAGUCAGCCUGUCAAUAGAUUCCAGCCUCCUUCUAUUUUUUUUUUUUUUUAAAGCAACAUACAGUUGCUUUAUUGGCCGUACACUAUUAUUACAUUCCAACCUCUUUGCUUUUAUAUCUUUGAGUUUGGUCAGUGAUUGUGAUAACUUUUUGUUCUAAGAAAAGCCAUUUAAUUUUUUUUUUUUUCCGAGGUUUCUACAGACAGGUAGUGAUUAGAAUAUAUUGUCAAAUCUCUUAGGUUUUUCCCCCCCCUUCUUCUUCUUUUUUGUCACAUAGCUCACCUGCCAGCUUGUUCUUGUUAAUUCAGCUCUUCUAGCUUGUGCCUGUUUCUGCACUUGGUUGUGGGAAGACGAGGUGACUGAGUGAGUAGGAGGUAGCAGCGGUAGCUGAAGCAAGAUGAAAAUGAACGAUAUUUUCAGAUCCUAAGCAGGGCGGCAGAGGCUAAUAAUUACAUUAAAAAGGCCCUCUGUAGGUAGGUGCAAAUAGGCUAGUCUAAACAAGUGCCGCUGUUUUAAUAUGGGCUGUUGGAGAGAUGUCAUUACCUGACGGGACUGCCACCUUUCACCUCCAGCCAUUGUGAUCCGUUAGGUCUCACUAACGGGAGAGCGAGGAACUUGUUUGCAGGGGAUUUGUUGUCUCACGCUCAGAGGCGGCCGAGAGACUUGCCAAAUGACAGGAAGACGCUUACAUUCACAAGGUGUGAUCGCCUAAGUGUUUGUCUGUGUCUAAUUAGUUUGCCUUUGCUGGUGGGUAGCUCCACAGCCAGGAGGCAGAUGGACUCUGCAGGCUGUAAGCAAAGAGGGUUGAUUGGUGUUGUUAUCAUUUGUUUAUUUAACCCUCCCUCGAACCACGAAAUGUUCUCUAAAGGAGAGCCUCUUCUGCCUUGAAAAAAGGCAUAUAAAGAAAUCCCCCAAAACAAGGAAAGGAAAGAAAAGGGAAAAAGGGAGAAAACAGCCCCCGCCGCGGCGGUGACACAGACUCCUUUUUCCUGUACUGGUAGCGUGUAAGUCAGCUGGUCACAGAUGCUCUUUGUUCAAGAGAAUAUGCACAACGUUUGGCUCAGAGAUGGUGGAGAUGCUCCAGUUCUUUGGACGGAGGAGAAGAUUAAUCUCAGACCAGGGCUGCUUUUUCUGUCUUCCGUUUUAUAAACAAUAGCGGGAAGGAAAGCGGUGGCGGGGCCCCUGCCGCAGCUGUGUGUGCCCUGUGGAAUGAUGCCUUGAGAAGUUAAAGAGUGGGGGAGGGUUGGCUUGCUCUUGCUGGUUGCCUUUCUGAUGUGAGUGGUGCCUCUGCCAUAGCAACUAUCCCUGACAGAUGUGCCCUGGCCCUUUUGGGUCUGGGGGUGCCUUUUUUGGCCAGGUCCCAAAGGAAGCCACGCCCCCUUCUUCACCCUUCCUGCAUCUAUACUCAAAGCUGCCUCAAAGACAAGCUAGAGCUGAGGGACCAUUACUUUGGGGUAGGUUUUUCCAGGGAAUCUGGUUUUUCGAUACUGCAUGAGUGCGUACCCUCAGAUCUUUGUUUAGCUGAGGAAAAAGGUACAAGAAUUGUUACUUUUUUUUUUAAAUGUUUAUUCAUUAUUGAGAGACAGACAUAGAGGGAGCAGGGGAGGG